AUGAAAGCAUACGAACGGGCCAAAUGGGACAAGAUCCGGGCUGAAUUCCUACUGCAGAUGGGCCCAUGGAAAGAGGUCAAAACAAACCCGGCUCUAGAUGAGGCAGUAGAAAGACUUACAGAAGUCACGAUAUCGGCCGUAGAAAAUCAUACUCCGAACCGACGACCAAAUCCCUACUACAAAUGGUGGUUUACCCCAGCCCUAAAAGCCCAGCAAACCACAUCCGUAGGAAAUGGCAAGAGAGUUGCGCGGAGUACGGACGUCAUCAUACAAGGUCUGAAGACCUCUUUGAAGCGACGCAAGAAAAACGCCGAAUCUGGACCCGUACCCUUGAAAAGACCAAAAGGUCAUACUGGAAACAGUUCCUGGACGGAGUGGGAGAAAGAAAACUGUGGAAGGCUGCCACGUACAUGA